AUGGCUGCGUCGUCUGCUGCAUUAUUCCAUCUUGAGCUCAUGUUCACAUGUGUUAUUGGUGCGGGUAUGGCUCAUACUCAUGCAGUGCAAGGCCUCUUCCAUAUAUUCUUGACAGAUACAAGCAGGGGUUUCCACGGACGUUAUAUUGGUGUAUGCAUGUCCGAAUUGCGUCAAGACACUUCAUUCGCAUCGCUGCUGAAUUCAUUGACUAUGCUGCGAGAUACCGUAUGUCCCACAGAACCAGAACGGGUUACGUUGAAGGUGUGUAAUGAGCAGCAUGGGCUGGUUGAACAGACGUCCCUCUAUUUUGUGCGCAUCACAUUCAAUCAGAAGAGUGAUCGUAAAUUUCGAGGCAGACAGAAGGCGAGAGGAGACAUGAACCAGCACCGCAGACAGCAAGGCUGA